AUGGAGUUUCAGCCUAGUGAUAUGAAAAACACUUUUCAAGAUUCACGAAAUUGUAUUAUCGGUUGUCGCGGAAACAUAUACGUUCUUAUUAUUCACAUACAAUGGAGUUUCACGACCUGUUUUACGUGGAGUGGCGUCGUAAAACUCGGUGAAAACGCGAUAUUCAACGCGGUGAUAUGCAUUCCCCUGGUGUCCAAGUACUACAGUGCGGAGGUUCUUGAUGCUAUCGAGACGUUGGAAAAGGAUAAUAUCAUUCAUCAACCAAAUCUACAAGAGUGGUAUGAGGAACUUCUAAGGCGACCCCGAACUCCCGAAGCGCUACGACGAGCUGAGCGUUCGAAAGCGAUUCUUUUGGAGUGGUUACGACAGCUUUACAUUUCCUACCAAAAUGGAAUUUUAGAUAUUUCCAGGCACCGCGACGUUUUACCUGGCAAAAACAAAGUGUUACUCAUACAAGAACUGGUAACACCAUUGGCAAGAGCACACGAUAUGAUGAGGGAGAAGAAACAACCGUUGUUUUCGGAUAAUGGGCAAACAUCGGAGUUUAAUUUAAUCAAGGCGCGCCUCAGCAGAAAAGGCAUGGGAAUAGUGGAUAACGUGUAUUUGGAAAACACAUUACAUCGCAACAAAUUGCCUGUUGUUAUGAGGAAUCUCGGCGACGCUUAUGUGAAGAAAGAGUUUAGGAUACACUUGCUGUUGGGUGGUGUUACGUUUGUUAUCACUGAGGUUAUGGCAGGAUGA